CAUUUUCGGUGUAGUGUUUCACGGGCCGCGAGUUUGACGAGAUUUGAACCGUCGUCAGACAACGAUAUCGUAACAAUAAACUGACAUUCACGAAGCGAAACAUAUAAGAAUAAGUCUGCUGGUAUUUUCAAAGGCCGCACAUGAGUUCUACAGAGGCAGCCAAGAUGGGGGACAUAUUGGCUAAUGAAGCUGAUCUUCUUGGGAUGAUCAAGGAAUACCUAAGGUUUGGGGAUUUUGAAGAAACACUUCGCAGUUUUGACAAGGAGUGCCAAAGCAAAGGCAGACUUGUCUCAAAACUUCAAGGGAGUGCUCUCAGAGACUCAAAGACUCGCGUUGUCCAGAAUGAGCUCCUUAACUGUUUUGAUGCUGGAGACUACAAGGUGUUCUUUGAGCUGUGGGGAGAGAAUAUUUCCUCUGAGGUAAAAGACACAGAUUCUGAGGCCCAGAAAUUGGAGUUCUACCUGCACAUCCACUUCACCAUCUACCCACUGAAGAAGCACUUGGGUAGACAGGGCCAAGCUGAGUUUGAGAAGAGGAUUCCCCCCUUCAAGCAAUACCUGGACACUCGUGGAGCAGCUAUGAGCCAUACCAUGGAGUUUAUGCCUUACUAUGUUUUACCGUACGUCCCAAACCCUGCAGUUCACCCUUCCUUCAAAGAUUUUUUCCAGGAUUCCUGGAUGUCACUGUUAAAGGAGAAGCUGGAACAGUUCUUAUCAGUGAUAUUGAGACCACCAACCACUCCAAGGCUGCUGACUUUAUAUAAAGAGGGCGGGAGGAGUACCAAAGAGGCCAUGCAGCAGUUACAGCUCCAGUUAGUCGAGUCUGAACAGCGAGCUGCCAGCUACAAGCAAAAGUUCAGUAAGAUGGAAACUGACUACUGCAAGUUGAUCGGAAUAACAGCUGAUCUUGUUGAUUCAUUGAUGGCCUCCAUCAGAGGAGAAAGGAUCUCUCUUGAGUAUGUGCGGAGUGUGUACGUUCGCUUGUUCAGCACACAGGGCAUGGACCAGAGUAUUGACCUCGCUUCACUCGGCACCGGAUGCUAUUCUGUGAGUCCCUAUGAUGAUGGCUAUGCCUCCUCUAUGCUACGGGCAUCCAUUGAAUUGCAGCGAUACAGGGAGGUGCCGUUGCUGCCUUCACUGGACUACGAGAAGCUUAAAAAAGACCUGGUUGAAGGUUCAGAUAGACUUCAGUGUUUGUUGCUUCAGGCCCUCUGCUGGCGGCUGACUCGAUCGCUCCCUGGUGAGCAGAGACACACAGUGCUUCACAGUUAUAUCAACAAUGAUAUGUUGGAUUCCUGCAGCAAUAAACAGGAAACCGUCUUUCAUUUACUGAAAUCGAAGAGCGAAAUUGUCCGUCAGUACAUGGCUCGUCUCAUCAAUGCAUUUACUUCUGUUGCAGAGGGUAGGGUUUACCUCUCCCAGAUUCCCAGUCUUUUGAAUCUCUUGACUGGCAUAAUUACGAAUGAAGAUAAAGACUCUGUGACUAGAGAGAAUGUGUUAGUAGCCCUGCAGAAACUCAGCCUCAGGAGGUGCCAACAGACAGCCAUGAUAGAAGAUGACCUGAUUGACUGGCUGGUUGGCGAGCUGCAGGACACAGAUUGCAUGAAUGAUAGCACCCUGAUGUAUGCUGUGGCUCUGCUUUUGAAUUUGUGUCUGAGAACAAAAGGAAAGAAGAAGUGUGCCAAAAACGCAAAGCAUGUGCUAAAGGUUCUAACUGACCUACUCGGACAUGACAAUCAUGAGAUUCAGCCUUAUGUGAAUGGAGCCCUGUACAGCAUCCUGAGUAUUCCCUCUGUGCGACAGGAAGCCAAAGAGAUGGGUGUGGAAGAGAUUCUUCAAUGCUACAUCACUGAUAAAAACCCAGAUAUCAGCCGACAGAUUGAGUUCAUCAUCAAAGAGCUCAAUUCAGCUGAAGGGGAAAUUCCAGAAUCAGAGGAUGAAGAUGAAGAAGACGUUGUUGAUGAAGAUUUGAUGGAUGCCGAUCUAUUUAAAGAUGAAGUUCUUCAGCCACAACCAGGGGAACUUUCUGGGGAGAGCCUGCUUACCACAGAAUACCUCGGCAACAUGACCAGCAUGUCAAAAAUGAAAAGGAAGUCCACCCCACUGCCUCAGUAUAGUGUUGAUGAGCCACUUCAACGGCCAGUCACCCCUGGUUCUCGCAGUGUGAACACAACGGUUUACUAUUGUGGCACACAGGGAGGUGGGGAUACCAAGGGCAAGGAGAGCUCUCUCAGAAGAGAUGAGAAUGAAGUAGGAAGUUGGCCUCCUUCCCAAUACAACUCCCGGCCUCCAACACGUUGUGGGAGCCGUUCUGGCACUGACUCGGAGUGCGGUUGGUUGUCCAAAGAGUCCGGGCUGAGCAGGGAAUUUGAGGGAAGAACCAGUAAACAAUCCCAGGAGAACGUCAGUGCUCACUCUGUCAGUGACUCUUUCAGUCCGUUUUCCUGCAAGAAGGAGCUUCCACGUACACCUGACACUUCAACUGUCCUGAGCAGCACUCGCUGGGGCCGAAGUUCGACUCCCCAGUUUUCCCAUUUGACCCCAAAUCAGAGCAGCCUGUCAGGUUCUGUCAAGCCCACAGGAGAAGCAGGACACCAAUAAAGUGCUGGCAGUCUGCCAGUCAAAAAGGAGUCGGAGAGUGAGCUGUCAUCAUGGAGUGGCUUUAUCUCACCAGGAGCAUCCAGCUUCCUGUAACAUCAUCCCCCCCCAGGUUAUCAUCAGGGUCAACAGAGACGGUCGAGGUUCAGCAGGAGGAGGAGGAGGAGGACGUGGAACAAUAUGUAGGAUUGUGACUUUUUUUCUUCCGCAGCACAGACUUCCUCUGUAACUUGAUAUGAAAUUGGGCAAUAAUCACCUCUGCAGCCAUUCAGCCCGGUGGACUGUAGACUCUCAUAUAGCCUUGAAACGCUCCUUUUUCCUGACUGAAUGAAUAAGACUAAUUUGUAAGGCUGGUUGUAUUCUGAGUCACACCCCUCUGUAGUGUUAUAACGCUUCGUUGGAGCAGUGCAGAAAUAAAUGUUGUUGCUUUGUCUGCUACUACAUGACUGAUGGUCGCCAACAUUUUCCCACAUUGCUAACUCACAUUCACUGCCGUCUUCAGUUCUCUGUUGAAAACACGACUUGUUUUAAUCAAUGAUGCCGUAGGAUAAGACUUCCAACAUCCAAGAGAGUUUGCAUUU